UGCAACAUUGAUUUAACGGAAAUUUACAGAAAGGAAGAUAAUAAAAAUGGCGAGCGAGACAGGAAAUAAUAAAGAUUACAAUUUAAGACUUAUCGAUAUGCUCUACAGUCAAGUUCCAGCUUUCACUGAUGUAUUUGACGAAGAAACUUGGUAUAUUUUUGUCAUUUGUUUUGUAGCAGGUACUUUUCUAGUCGCAUUUAUUCUUUCGAGAUUUAUAACUAUAAAACCCGUCGAAUAACAUCAUGCAUUCAGCGAAUUCAAUUUACAAGAUGUCUUGUAUAUUUUGUUUUGUUAAACUCUAGAUUUUUUAUAAAAUUAGUAUCAUAACAUUAAUUAUUUAACACACGUUAUAACCAAUAAAUUAAACUUUUAAGUCUCAUUCUUUAAUAAUUAAAUAAAAUCCUACGCUAGCAAGCACAGAAAAAGAGAUGUACUUUAUAAAUGUGUAUCGUAAAUCAUUUAUAUAUAUGCUCUGAUAAUAAAAUAAGCAUUA